GGAUCUCUCCCAUCUCCUGUCCUUCGUUCCCCCUUCCAUCCCAAAAACAAUGAGCUCGUCGCUCUGCGCGUCCUGUCGCUCCUCCUCCUUCACUUCCCAGAGCAUGUAUGCCCUCUUUUUCGCGGAGAUGUGGACGCGGCCGGCCCCGUUAUCGCACGUGGAGGAGUCAAGUGUCCGCGCGAAGAUAGCAGAGCUUCAAAACGAUAUACGCGCUCGCGAGGGUCAGCUGGAGCGCAUAGCCGAGGAGAAGGCCACCCUGGAGGACUAUGUCCUGCGCGCUAGCGCCCUCUUCGCGCCCAUCCGACGCGUCCCGGCCGAGAUCCUCAUGCGCAUCUUCCAGAUGUUGCUCCCCGUCGGGGUCUGCAAGUUCCCGCGCGCGUUCACCCCUGCGCGCGUCUGCAGGAUGUGGAGGUCCAUCGUGACCGGCGAGCCGAUGGACAUGCGGCCACAGGCCAGUCCCUCUCCGCAGCCCGACGUCUCCGUCCGCACGCCCAUCGCGUCCCCCCUCAUCGAGGGCCCACCAUUCGGCGUCUCCCGUGAUCUUGCGCGUACCGGCAGCGGCUCAGACCUGCCCCCUCGGUUAUCGCGGGCAGCCUCUCCCUUAACCCUCCACUCGCUUGAUCAGUGUCAUUCGCAAGAGACGUUCCAGGCCGUUACCUCUCUCCUGAGCCUCUCCCGGCAGUCUUCCUACUACACGUCCGAGCAGUCCGAUGCCGAGACCGUCGAUAUUCCGCGCAGCUCGGCCAAGGAUCUCACCCCGCCGCGAUCCAGCUCCCCGCAGGAUGGCGGUAAGGCAGAGUGCGCGAACUGCGGCGCGACGCAUACCCCGCUGUGGCGUCGUGGCCUCAACGACGAGCUGAACUGCAACGCGUGUGGCCUGUACUACAAGCAGCACCGCGUUCCGCGUCCCAAGACGACCGCGCGCAACGGCGCCAACAAGCCUGCGCCCUCGUCCGUCAAGCAGGAGGCCGAGCCCCCCGUAGGCAUCAUCUGCGAUGCUCAGUGCCACAACUGCCAGACGACGGUGACGCCGCUAUGGCGCAAGGACCCUGAUGGCCGGACCGUUUGCAACGCUUGCGGUUUGUACUUCAAGCUCCACGGCUCGCCGCGGCCCAUCUCGGGCUCGUCCGACGUCAUUCGCCGCCGCUCGCGCUAUGGCUCGCGCCCGCAGCAGCAGCAGACCCCGAGCGCCUCCCCGCCCUCGGUGCGCAUCGCGCCUGCGGUCUCGAUACCCCGCGCAGUCUCCAAGACCGCUGGCAGCAAGGCUGACCGCCCGACCAAGCGCCGGAAGCUCGGUGAGAUGGACACCUCCGUCAUCUCGCAGCCGUGCUAUUAAAAACGCCCCCCUCACCCCACCUCACACCCUACCUCACAACCUAUAAUCCCAUCCCUAUUACUCCCUCUCGUCUCUUGGGUCGUAUUCUUUUGUCUCUGUCUCCUGCUCUGCUCGUCUCAUUUCCUCAUAUCCAUGCAUACCUGCCCCCUGUACCUGUACCAACUCCUCGUAAUUCUGUAUAUACCCGUACACGCCGAGUCCGUCUACUGCUUCAUCUGUUGACUGUGGACUUUAUUACCUAUCUGUUGCCGCCCUGUGUACAUAACGCAGGGUGCGGCUGCCCUUCACUCGCUUGGUCUUCGCGCGGGUGGCCGCUUACUUCUAGACUGCGUACCUGCCUAUGCGGUUGCGUGUUAGUACCGUACAUAAUACCUAUACUGCUGCUGGAGGAUACUGGAUGGACGCUAUCUAUGUCCUGUACCACCGUCCUCGCCAUGUCUUGUAUUUAUGCCACCAAUAUGCUACUAUGUUGUUGGCCUAUGGCCUAUCCAGCGCACUUAUAGGUCCCA